AUGAGCUAUCAGGAUAGCUUAUUACGACGGUUUGACGCCUUGAAGGCACAAGCCCAGGAUGCGAUAUGGGCCCUGACGAGCUGCGUCUGCAAACCAUCGGCGACGGUAAAGGUCAACGGUCGUACAUACAAAAUCGUCAAGGCGCUCGGCGAGGGAGGAUUCUCAUUUGUUUAUCUCGCGCAAGACGAAUCCACGGGACGAGAGUUUGCACUCAAGAAGAUUCGUGUCCACAACUCGGAGGGCGUCAAGGGCGCUAUGAGAGAAAUUGAAGCGUAUCGCAGAUUUAGGCAUCCCAAUAUUAUUCGCAUAUACGACUCUUCCGUGGUGCAGGAUCCCUCUGGAGAGGGCAAGAUUGUCUACCUUUUCCUUCCGCUUUACAAGCGUGGUAAUCUCCAAGAUGCUAUAAACGCCAACACCGUCAACAAUACCCGCUUCUCGGAAAAGGAAAUGCUCGUCCUCUUCAAAGGCACCUGCGAGGCCGUCCGAGCGAUGCACGACUACCACGUAUUGGUACCCAUCAACACGCCAGACUCGAACGCGCCCGUCACGCGUGCGCACCACUCUGCCCAAUCCUCGACGUCGACGAUCCGACCCGAGACAUUCCGCCCACAACCAUCCAAGCUCAAAGAUGGGUAUACCAACCCUUCGAACAUUGCAGAAGACGACGAUGAAGACGAGGAACCAGAAGAUGACCACUCGUUUCCUGAACCCGAAGGCGACACGGAUGGUGGAUACUCAUACGGCGGCUCCGUCCCGCUCGUCCCACCAAAGAACAAAAAGGGCACAAGUGCAAAAGGAAAGGGAAAGCCAGGAGUCGUAUUCGACGGUGACGAAGAGCUCGAACGACUCAAUGCGCAACAACCCUCGCACGAUGCAGGGUACGAUAGCGGGAGUGCGAAUGGAGAGGUGCCGCCUGGGAUGAAGCGCAUGCACGUGCCGUAUGCACAUAGGGAUAUCAAGCCCGGCAACGUCAUGCUCUCCGACGAGGGGAACCCGAUUCUCAUGGAUUUCGGGAGCACCGUCGUGGCGAGGAUGUACAUUGCGACGAGGAGUGAAGCUCUCACUCAACAGGACAUUGCAGCCGAGCAAAGCACAAUGACUUUCCGCGCUCCAGAGCUAUUCGACGUCAAAACGGGAGUAACAUUGGACGAAAAGGUGGACAUUUGGUCUCUCGGCUGCACGCUCUACGCGCUCGCGUAUAACCGCUCGCCAUUCGAAACGGCGGAACAAGCGGGUGGCUCCAUCGCAAUGGCGGCCAUGAACGGACAGUACAAGCAUCCGGCGGCAGCGGCAGGUGCCUACUCUCAGGGACUACGGGAUCUUAUCGACGCAUGCAUGGUCGUCGAUCCCGCCUCGCGUCCAGACAUUCAUCGUAUCCUCGAGAUUACUGACGGUGUCUUGAGGACGCUCGGGUAG